UUGGUUACGAUUGUUUCAUAGCUUUUGUGGAAUACAAAUAAAAUGUAUUAGAAAUAAUCUAAUAACAAUGUUUUUAGUUUUUCUUCUUAUGAUUGCGUUUGUUUCAUGGUCGGAACAACAUUUGGCGUUUCGUGAUACAAUAAUGAAGUCUAAAACAUACUAUUUCGAGAAUUAUAUGCGAGCAACAAUGACGCCAGGAUUUUAUUAUCCAUAUUCGCCGAUCAAUUACUGCAGUCUGUCGAUGGCGUGUGUUCACGACUCCAGGUCUGUUUGCGCAACAUCUCCUGAUGGCUGCAGUCGCCGCAAGUUCCUAGACCAAUGUGACAUGUUCGAGUACAAUUGUGACUAUAACGCACACUUUUCAACCGCAGUCACGACACAAUGCCCACAUAGUAUGGUUGAUUUCGCUUGUUAAAAACCAAUA